AUGAAUCAAGAUCAAGAAGUACCCGCCACUGCUACGGACCUACCAAGACUGCCCAGCGAGGAAUUCACUCGACUGAACGAACCGUUGCAAACAGUCGCCACUGGAUACUGUUCAACUAAUUAUUCGGUGGCGCAGACGAACAACGAGGAGAAGCUACAUCCUGAGAACGAAAUAUACACCACGCAAGAAUACAGGCAAGAAUCUUGGCUUCAAGAUGGUAGCAGCUGCGAGACGGAGGACAGCGAGCAAUACGUGCCAGAAUUUCAUCGUAUGUCAAAUGUUAAACAGGAAUCCACGAACUGCAGAAGAAUCAGCGACGUUAAUUACUCUCAAUAUUCUCAGAACAACACAUUCCUCGAUCUCGAACCGAACAAUCGUACAAAUUGUUUUGGAAACAGCAAAUUGAGUUCGCGAACGAGCGAGGCCACGAAGAACAUCGCUGUUAAGGAAGAACCAGCUGACAGAGGAUACGGAGAGCCGAUUUCCGUCGCGAAUAUACCUACAUCGACUGCCCAGGAUACUCGAAAUAGUAACAGCUUGGUGUACCAGCAACAGCAACAACCGUACGGAAACGGGACGAGGAACAGCAGAGGUUCGCCAUCGCCAAGUCCGCCAGCCAGCACCUCAUCAGCGGCGUCCCAGUGGCAGUCGACUGUUUCUGCUUCCACCGAGGCAUUUUUCCCGCGUCAAGAAAACUGGAGCUCGGAAGUGUACGGGAAAAGAAGCGCGACCCCCACGUGGACCGAGCUAGGGGUUCAAUUAGACGCGAGGAACUCUUCGUGGGAGAGACAGAGCAAUUGCUACCAGAAGAAAGGCUCUCCGAACUCUUGGAACGCGGACUAUGCUAGCAAGAGGCCUUCCUCGACAACCGGUGUAUCACCCUGGAGCGAGAUGACCGUUGGUUAUCAACAACAACGACGCGGUUCUCUUCAACUGUGGCAGUUUUUAGUAACCCUGUUAGAUGACCCUACAAACGCACCCUGUAUCGCGUGGACUGGUCGCGGAAUGGAAUUCAAACUCAUCGAACCAGAGGAGGUGGCUCGUAGGUGGGGUGUACAAAAGAAUCGACCAGCGAUGAAUUAUGACAAACUGAGCAGAUCAUUGAGGUAUUAUUAUGAGAAAGGAAUAAUGCAGAAGGUAGCUGGUGAAAGAUACGUUUACAAGUUCGUCUGCGACCCGGAGGCACUCUUCAAUAUGGCGUACGGUUCUGGAGCUUCCUCCAGUCUUCCCGGAGAAAUACAAAAUGGCGUUCGCAGUCAGUCGAUAUCCGGAAAAAUAUCAACGACCAAUGAUGUGUCCGAUUUAGGAAAACAUCCCACGUCUGGGUACGGAGAUGCUGUUCUUGCCAUGUACUCAAACACUGCGGCAGUGUACGGAUCGUCUAGUUUGCACCACCUGCAUCAGUACCUCGGCGGCAAUGACGGUUUCAAGACCCCAUCGAACAGGUACCACCCUCAUUACUCGCACGAGUACAACAGCAGCCACCAUCAUCCGCCAUCGAGCUACGCAGAAACCUUCUUGAACUACGGCCGAUUGUCGUCCCACGAUGUUCCCAGCGAAUCCAGGAGUCAAGAAUUACCGAGGAUUCCGUACUCUCAGGAAACAACGGAUGGUAUCAGCAGAGAACGGGAGGCAUCAUCGAUUUUAUACGACGGCGUACAGAGAACGCAAUUACCGACUGCUCCUGGCCUCUCGCAGCCAACCCUUUUGGAUGCUACCACCACCAGUUCGAAGAUAGAGCAAAGUUCCUACGCUUGCCUCGGUGUUGGAAGCUGCGUUUGCUGAAUUUCUCUUACCGAAAGUUAGGAAGAGAUCAAUUCUCGAUUAACCCUGUCGUUUAAGGGUUAGGAAAUCUCUAGUCGUAGAUUGUACUCGUAUGAACGCGUACCGACUGGGGUGAACACGUAUCAGUAUCGAAGCGUAUGAUUCCAAUGUCAAGGCACACGUUCGUCGAUCGCCGCUUGAAAGCAUAACUUUUAAUUAGUUUAUAUUGGUAGAGUAAGUGGUGGAGUAUACCAGUGAUAGUAUGAUAAAUAUGCUUACUCUACUCGUGUAAACAAUUGGGCGAAUAUCUAAUGAAGUACUAAUGCUAGUCGUUGGUAGAGUGAGAUAGAGUCAUGGUAGUUCUUCCACUCUUUCAAUGUGAAUACUGGGUGUUACUCUACUGUUUACACUAUCAAUGUAACAAAGCAUAGGUCUUAAUCCAUAAGUUGUAUUGGUAGCGUAAGUAAUAGAGUCCGUAUAUACUCUUUCAAUUUUUCCACGCGACGAUCGAUGAACGUGAAGGGCAGGAUUCGAAUUCGCAUGUAUUGUAAAACCCUGUAAAUAAUCGAAAGGAAGAUGCGUAUGAUCUGUCAUGUCGAAUAGUCUCGUAGUCCAUGAGAUCUAAUCGCUUGUGAUCCGAAUAGUUCGUUGAAACGCUGUAACUUCUGUAAAUAUCGAAUAAAUCUCUCUAUUGAAAGAUCUUCGAUUACGAAUACUGCAGAAGAAUAUCAUAUUCGAUGCCCGACCGUCGCGUCGUCACUACCAGAUUUAUCUCGUUAUGUCACCG